AUGGAGUCCUUCAGCUCAAAGAGUCUAGCACUGCAAGCAGAGAAGAAGCUACUGAGUAAGAUGGCGGGUCGGUCUGUGGCUCAUCUCUUCAUCGAUGAGACAAGCAGCCAGGUGCUCGAUGAGCUCUACCGUGUGUCCAAAGAGUACACGCACAGCCGUCCCCAGGCACAGAGGGUUAUCAAGGACCUAAUCAAGGUCGCUGUCAAGGUGGCUGUGUUGCACCGCAGUGGCUGCUUUGGCCCCAGUGAGCUGGCCUUGGCUACCCGUUUUCGCCAGAAGCUGCGGCAGGGUGCCAUGACUGCACUUAGCUUUGGCGAGGUGGAUUUCACCUUCGAGGCUGCUGUGCUGGCUGGCCUGCUGACCGAGUGCAGGGAUGUGCUGCUGGAGCUGGUGGAGCACCACCUUACGCCCAAGUCACAUGGCCGCAUCCGCCACGUGUUCGAUCACUUCUCUGACCCAGGCCUGCUCACUGCCCUCUAUGGGCCUGACUUCACUCAGCACCUUGGCAAGAUCUGUGAUGGGAUCAGGAAGCUGUUGGAUGAGGGGAAGCUCUGA